AUGUUAUGUGUGCAAACCUCUGACCUCUGGCCGGAAGGAAGACACCUGACUGACUGACUGACAGCACCGACUUGGCAUCUAUCUGAGUCUGAUCGACUCACUCUCACUCUCACCCACACCCUCAUGCCAUGGCGGCAAGGUAACAUACUCGUACGUGGCAAAACCGCAAGACGCCGCAACAACACAACAGAGGACAACAAAUCAAAACACAACACACCGCAGUGCACCGCACAAGCUAUGGCCUGAGGGUGUAGAAGCGCUCCAGGUGGUCAAUGUACUCCCUCUCAGCCAAAUGGUCGCCGGCAUAACCUAGCGCGCGCACACACAGACACCGACACAGACAAACACACACACACACACACACACAUGGGUCCAGUCGGUGUCUGUCUGUGUCUUUUCCCACAUUCCUCGCUCACCGAUGUGCGACACGUGUCUGUCGGGCCUGACCAUGACGAACGCGCCGGCGUUGCCCCAUGCGGGCUGCAGGUUGAGCCGCAGCUUCUUGACCACCUCGCCCUCCAGGUCCCAACACACACAGAAAUCGCUCGGAUGCACUUCCAGCUGGCUCCUGACACACACACACAGAGAGAGAGAAAGAGAGAGAGAGAGAGACCGACUUCGUCCAUCCAUCCAUCGAUCCAUCCAUCCCUGUGUUUAGCGUGUGCAGACAGCCGUACAUUCCGCCCAGGCGGUCCCUUAUGUGUUUGCCGAUUGAGUUGAGGCUGCCGCCGCCCAUGGAGGAGGGGAUGAUGGCGGCCUUGCCGGCCGUCAGGAUGACGGCCACACUGCAGCCGCCCCACGGACACCCGGAUGCGAUCCCGAUCCGCCCAACGGACUCACACGCAACCUGCAACAGGUCCUCAAACGUAUCCGAUACUGCAUGGCCACACACACCGUGACGCACACACAGGGAGAAUCAAAGACAGAGAGACGGGGGGAGAAUGUGUGGCGUCGCGUGGUGUGCGCGUGGUGGUUGUGCGUAGUUACUGGUGUCCUGGGUGACGUCAUGGUUCCUGUUGGCGGUGCAUUCGUCGGUGAGAAAUGCGAACCAGCUCCUGGACGGUGCCGAGGGGCCCUCGUUGCCCAGCGACACACGCAGCACCAGCAGCAGGGUGUGGUGCGGACCGCACAGCAGCUGCAGCCAGCCAUACACACACAUCGAUCGACACGCCGAUGGCCGAAUGAGUGCGUGUCUCUCUCUCUCUCUCUGUGUGUGUGUGUGUGUGAUGCCUUGUUCACCUUGUGCAGCCUGGUGAAUUGUGUCCGUGGGCCCCUCCUGCCCUCUGGGAUCUGCAGACACAACAAACACCACACGGUCAGUCAGUCGUAGAGAUCAGAUGCAUGCUGUGUUUGUUUUGUUUGUGGGGUGGUGGUGUGCGUGGAUGGGUAGGGUCCCUCCUUCCCUGACUGACUGACCAGUCCGAGUGAUGUGUCGGGGCACCUAUCGCCGGGCCUCACCGCCCCUGGAAUGUGCCCACUGCCGAUCAUCUUGCUGCAGGCAGCACACACAUUAUACACACACACAUAUGAUGGAUGCGAGAGGGUGACCGACUGGGCGGUGUGGUGUUGGCUGAUGUGUUUUGGUCUGUCUUUAUUGACUGACUGGUCGGUGGGGUAUCUCAGUGUGGUCUGCGACAUGGCCCCGCUGAUGUGGCGGUUCACCGGACCGCUCCCCAGCACCAACGGCAGCACAUUGCGCAGCGCCCAUGUUACCCACCCCUCUGCACACACACAGACAUAGAUAGACACACCACUCAAGACUGCCCUCCCUCACGAGCAUGGUUGUUUCCCUGACGCACUUGCUUCGAUGAGGUCCUUGUAUCCGAUGGAGGUGUAGUUGACGAUGGACUCGGCGAUGGGCCGCCGCUCGUGGUCGUAGCUGUCGAGGAGGGCGGGUGCGGCGUUGCCCUUGACGACCAUGGCGAGCUUCCACGCCAGGUUAUGGGCGUCGCUGAUGCCGACGUUCAUACCCUGGUGACCCAGGGGCGGGUGCACAUGCGCCCUGCACACCACACGGACAGACGGACGGCCAGAUGGAUGGAUGGGUGGAUGGAUGAGGGUGUGGGCUCUGCGCAUAUGAGUGUAUGUCUUACGCGUCGCCGGCGAUGAAUGCGUUUCCGACUCUGAAUGUGGAGGCGCAUCGUGAGUUGAUUGAGUAGACCGAACCCCAGUAGACACGCUGCAGCACGGUGCCCGGCACCACCUGACACACACACACACACAUACAUACACACAUACACAGAUAUCAACGCGGGAGUGAGAUGUGCACUGACUGUUCACUUAUUCUUCCUUCCUACCGCUGAUACAAUGUCUUGGAGUUCGGCGUGUGAUGGUGGCUCCUGUGUGUGAGAAAUCAAUACAAUGAAGGCAGGCAGGACAGCCGACAAGAGAUCACUCACUGCAUGUGCGCACCUUGUAGUAUCUGUUGUCCAGAACGAUAUCGGGAUCAGUCACGGCUGAAAACAUACGCAAACACACACACACACACACACAGAGAGAGAGAGAGAGAUUGACGCCCGUCUGCAUUAGAUGUCUGUGUGUGUACUGUCCCCCCCUCCCUCCCUCCCUGGUACCCAUUCUCCUGAUAGCGAUGAUUCGCCACCUGUCGUCGCUGAGGGCCAAACAGCUCAACAUGUGACCGUUGGCGGUGAUCGUGUUGAACCGAUUCCUGCACGACCAACCAUCACCCAACCACAACACACACCAUGUGAGCCACGGCCGCAUAUAGCUAUGCAGUGGUGUGCCUUCCUUGCCUGUCGUUGGGGACCCCCCAGACCAUCUUGGUCGUCGCCACGAUGAACUCAUUGGGGAGGGUCGUGCCUGCGGACAGACACGGCACCACACGACCGACACACACAUUGACCAACCAGCACUCAAUGCCAUCCAUCCAGCCAGCCAGGUGACAGCACAGCCCACCCUCAAAUCUGAUGCCAAGGGUUUUCCUGACCAGCGACCGCGCCCCAUCACAGCCCACGAGGUACCGUCCCCUCACCCGCCGCAGCCCACCGCCAGGCGGCCUGUGGUGGUGGUGACUGAGGCUGUGGUGGCCCGCUGACGAGUGCUCCCUGUGUGUGGUGGCGCCGUAGCGCCCCCCGUCGCCCUGCCGCUCGUCGGCGAUGUUCAUGAGAGUGGCGAUGGACUCGCUGCUGCAGUGGGACCGCACGGACGGCGUCAUCUCGCGCUCCCAUGACGCACUCAGGUUCAAAGGGUCACUCGGGGAGUCGUCGGCUGAGCGAGAAUCUGCACACGUACACACACACAGGGUGGGUGGUGUGUGCCAGCCCCCGUGUGUGUGUGUGGCGCAGGUACCUCUGUCGGUGAAUCUGGUGGUGCAUUCGGAUGAGAGUGUGGUUGCGGUGAGGGGUGUGGUCUUGGGGGUGAGGAACGGCUGGGGGAACCGGAGCGACGGCGUCACCACCGCGUUGGGCUGAACCAACACCUGACUCACACACACACACGCACAGACUCACACACGUAAGAUGCCUGUCCGUCUGUCUGUUGGUGCGUCACACGUACCUCGACGCCCUCGUGGUGUGCAUUUCCCACUUUGAUGGCGAGCACCUCGACUGGCCGGCGGAUGCGGUGGCCGUACCCCAGCUGCACAAUCCUCUCGGUGAGUAUCCUCUCGGUCUCCGUCUGCUCGAGCGCUAUCGGCAAAGCGUAGUGGCUGUCGCACUUGUCGUACGUCCAGUCAAAGGCCACAGACCCUGCCAAUCAAUGGGCGUGGCGUGGUGGCCACCCGCCCACAGACAGACAGACAGACAGACAGACAGAGGGACAGACACAGCACCACGUCAAUGAGUGUGUGUAUGUCCUUCCUCGGACCACAACCAUCCGUACCAUCGACGAACACCCGCUCUCCUUUCAUUUUGACCCCCUCCCGUAGCACCUCGUCAAUCACACCCACGUCUGCACGCACACACAGACGUGUAGUUCAUGCCAGCCGAGCCGAGCGAGUCUUCGCCUGUCUGCCUGCCUGCCUGCGACUGUCCUGUCUGUCUGUCUGUCUGUCUGUCUGCGACUGUCCUGUUUGUCAGUCAGCACGUGCCUUCGAAAAUCUCGAGUGUCCUGGGCUGCACGCCCAGGGCCCUGCUGGUGUCCACGUGGCGGGGCAUUCGGUCGAGCAACAGAAAGUCCACUCCACGCCUAUAUGCCAACACCAUCAACACACAAGCCGAGUGAAAUCAGCGGCGCCACACACACGAGUCGGCAUUGCAGUGCGCUGGCUGCCUUGUUUUCACCUUGCAAGAUCCAGGGCGAGGCUGAGGCCGGUCGGCCCUGCUCCAAGGAUGAUGACGUCCGUUUCAUCUGGCAACUCCACGUGCGGCGGCGGCAGCCGCAGAGACAGCAUUAACGCUACCGGCCGACAGUUUCUCGGGAUCUUUCGCAGAUCACGAUGGCAUCGUGCUCAGGUCGUCACCGCACAGCUCAAUUCACCAUCCG